CCUGGAGUUCCUCCAGCCAAGAGCACGCUAGUCAUGAAGCGCUGGAUCCUGAAGUGGUUUCAGAGCCGCGACGAGAAGCAGCGGGACCCCUCUUACGACGGCGUCGUGUGCGAAGCCGACGCUUGCUCGGUGGCCUCGCAGGAUGUCUUUAAGGUGAUCUCAGAUGGAAGUACUUCCAGACUUCGAAGUUUCAUUAAGAAGAAUCGUAACGGACUUAAGAAAGUGGAUGAGCUGAAUGCUACUCCAUUGCACCAUGCUGCAGGAAGUGGUCAACUUGAGUUAAUGCAAAUGGUCAUGGAUGAUUCUUCAGUUGAAGCCCUAAAUGUAACAGACUCCGCUGGAAAUACACCACUGCACUGGGCUACAAAAAAACAACAGACUGAAAGUGUUAAAUUACUUCUCAGCAGAGGGGCCAACCCAAACAUCCUUAAUUCCAAUAUGAUGUCUCCACUUCACUGGGCUGUGCAGUAUCUUUUCAAUGAUUUAGUUAAGAUUUUCAUUGAAAACAGCACUACAGAUGUAAAUCUGGAAGGAGAGGGUGGGAACACACCUGUAUUAGUUGCAUGUUACAAAGAUAAUCCUGAAGCACUGAAACUUCUGAUUGAAAAUGGCGGUGAAAUAUGUAAAGCAAACAGUAUGGGCUGUAUGCCGGUCCAUGCGGCUGCCUGUUCUGGUGCAAAAUUAUGUUUGGAGAUUAUUAUAAAGCGAGGUGAAGAGCUUGGGUAUUCCCCUGAAAGUCAUAUUAAUUUUACUAAUAAUGGGAAGAGUAGUCCUCUUCAUCUAGCAGUCCAAAGCAGAGACUUGGAAAUGAUUAAAAUGUGCAUUGAGUAUGGUGCACAGAUUGAUCUGAAACAGAAUGACAAAUGCACAGCUCUUCAUUUUGCUGCUACCCAAGGAGCUACUGAGAUUCUCAAGUUAAUGAUGUCAUCUUAUGCAGGAGAUGAACCUAUCAUUAAUGCAGCAGAUGGAAAUAAGGAAACAUUGCUUCAUAGGGCUGCAUUGUUUGAUCACUAUGAACUGGCAGAAUAUCUCAUUUCAAAGGGAGCAAAUAUCAAUAAUGUUGACAAUGAGGGUCGAACACCACUACUACUUGCAACUUCUUGUGCAUCAUGGAAAAUUGUGAAUCUGUUAGUUUCAAAAGGAGCAAAUUUAGAAAUAAAAGAUCAUCUUGGUCGUAAUUUUUUACAUCUAACUGUCCUACAUCCUGGAGGGUUGCAGCAUCUGAAUGAAGAGUUUUUGAAGAUGAAAGAUAUUAAAGAUCUGGUAACUGAAGAAGAUCAUGAAGGAUGCACUCCUCUACAUUAUGCAUGCAAACAAGGGGUACCCCUUUCUGUAAAUGUCCUCCUUGAAAUGAAUGUUUCCGUGUACUCUAAAAGCAGAGACAAGAAAUCUCCAUUGCAUUUUGCAGCUAGCUAUGGACGAAUCAACACCUGUCAUCAUCUUCUGGAGGCUAUGGAAGAUACCAGACUGUUGAAUGAAGGAGACAAGAAGGGGAUGACUCCUUUACAUCUGGCUGCUCAAAAUGGUCAUGAGAAGGUAGCCCAGUUUCUACUAAAGAAAGGUGCCCUUUUUCUUUGUGACAAUAGAGGCUGGACAGCUUUGCAUCAUGCUGCUUUUGGUGGAUAUACUCGCACAAUGCAGGUUAUUUUGGAUACUAAUGUGAAAGCCACAGAUAAUGUAGAUGAGGAAGGGAACACAGCUCUUCAUCUUGCUGCCAGAGAAGGCCAUGCAAAAGCAGUGAAAUUACUUCUCGAUGACAGUGCCAAAAUUCUCCUGAACAAAGCUGAAGCUUCUUUUCUUCAUGAAGCCAUACAUAAUGGCCAAAAAGCUGUUGUAAGUGUUGUCAUUUUACAUAAGAGGUGGGAAGAAUCUGUAACAACAUUUUCUCACCAUUCUUCAGUAAAUAAAUGUGCAAUACUAGAGAUGGUUGAAUAUCUUCCUGAAUGUUUAAAUUUGGUUUUAGACAAUUGCAUUAUUCAAUCAACUGAUGAAAAAGCAUCUACAGACUUCUAUAUUGAAUAUAACUUCAGGUAUCUUCAGUGUCCACUGAAACUUACGAAGAAAUCCAAAGAACAUGAUGGAGUAGUUUAUGAGCCGCUUCUUGCUUUAAAUGCCAUGGUGCGUCACAAUCGUGUUGAACUGCUUAGUCAUCCUGUUUGUACAGAAUAUUUGCUUAUGAAGUGGAUGGCCUAUGGUUUUCGAGCACAUCUUAUGAAUCUGGCUGUGUAUUCCCUUGGCUUAAUACCUCUGACCCUCCUGAUCACCAGUUUAGAGCCAAGUGUCUCUUUCAAUGCAACACUUAAAUAUGGACCUUUUGAUAAAAAGGAUUCAAACUUCAUUAAAGUUUGUAUGUGCUUAGUUUUUAUCAUGAGUUUAUUUGGUAUCUGCAAAGAAAUAAUACAGCUAUUCCAACAGAAACUAAAGUAUUUGUUGGAUUAUUCUAACCUGCUUGACUGGACAAUUUAUACUACAAGUAUCAUUUUUGUGUCAUCUUUAUUUGUGAAGUUACCAGUUCAUUUACAGUGGGACUGUGGUGCAAUUGCCAUACUCUUAUCUUGGACAAACUUCUUGCUCUAUUUACAAAGAUUUGAAAGUUAUGGAAUAUACGUUGUGAUGUUUUGGGAAAUUUUGAGGACUCUGAUCAGGAUUGUUACUGUUUUCUUUUUUUUAAUGUUAGCCUUUGGGCUCAGCUUCUAUGUUCUUCUUGGUUCACAGCAAACAUAUGGUACUCCAUAUCUUUCAGUAAUGCAAACAUUUUCUAUGAUGCUAGGAGAUGUCAACUAUCGUGAUGCUUUCCUUGAACCAAUGCUCACCAAUAAAUUGCCUCGUCCAUUCCUGAGUUUUAUAAUACUCAUUAUCUUUUCUCUGCUUAUCCCAAUUCUUCUUAUGAACUUGCUGAUUGGCUUGGCUGUUGGUGAUAUUGCAGAGGUGCAAAAAUUUGCUGCAAUGAAAAGAAUAGCAAUGCAGGUUAAUCUUCACACAAACCUGGAGAAAAAACUGCCAUAUUGGUUUCUCAGUAGAGUUGAUCAAGAAUCCCUCAUUCUGUAUCCUAAUAAACCUAGAUAUUGUGGCUUUAUGAGUGUGUUCCACUAUUGCUUUGGAUGGGAUAGUAUAGCAGCUGAUACACAGAGUGCUAAUACAACAUUAGAACUAGAAGUAUUGAAACAGAAGUACAGGCUUAAGGACGUUGCAUCUCUGGUAGAAAAACAGUAUGGUCUCCUUAAACUAGUUGCACAGAAGUUGGAAAUAAUAUCUGCGGCAGAGGAUGAAGACUUAAAUGACAUAUUCCAGCACAACUUUAGGAAAGAGCAAUUCGAACGUAAUAACAGUAAAUGGGAUACAGUGCUCGAAGCAGUGAAAUCCAAAUGUACCUAGUUUGGUUACAGCUAUCCUCAUAUUUCUGAUGAAAUAGCUUCCUAACAGGAAACAGAAGUUACUACUGUGGCACAGCAGUAUGCCAAUAUGGUUUGCUGAUUGAUUAGCAAGUCCCCUCUAUUCCAGUCAUCCUGGCUAAUAAGUAAAUACUGGGCUAUAUAAUGCUGGAUAUUCCCUUCCUCUUAGACCCCCUACAGAUGGUUGCUCACUGUCAUGUUGCAAUAAUGGCUGGUGAUGCUGGCUAGCCAUGAUUGGCUGAACCAAAAACUUAGCACAGGUUUUAUGGUCUGUAUUUAGAGGCUUUUCUCCAGCUGCAUGGGUAUAAUGUUAAUUUAGUUAAUAUCAUCUAUUAAAAUGUUUCCAGCAAGGGAAUAUAUAAAAUACAAUAACUUAGCUUCUUAAAUAUUAACACAUAGCAUAAUUAAGACAGGAGCAGCUUUGCUGAUGAAUGCAGGUCAAACUAAGCCAAAUUUAUCUCUUUGGAAUGUCUUUAGAGAUUAAAGUGAGAGUUGACUUCUCAGAGUGUUCAGUCAUUUACAUUACAGUCUCAUUUAUAUUGCACGGGUUUGCCUGAAAUUAUGGUAAUAGGAAACAUCGACGACUGACAUCUAUGCACAUUGUACUAGAUAAUAGUAUGAGGGGAGAAUAUAUGAAUUUACUAAUUAAAUAGCCAUUUUUGGCAGAAACAAAUACUUCUCUGCUUUGGAAUCGGCAAUUGCUUUGUUACUUCUAAAGUUCUCUGAGAUUCCUCCUCCUUGUAUCAACUUUCCCCACACCAAUAUUCUCCAAUGAUGAUAGAAUUGGAGUCCAAACAUAUCUAGAAAGUAUCAGGUUGGGUGUUGCUGCUUAUUCCAGUUAGAUCUGAAUGUAUCAAUUUGCUGAGAUACCUUUUUUUUUGUGUGCCUUCGAGUCAGUGUUGACUCCUGGUGACUGCCUGGACUAGUCCCUGCAGUUUUCUUGGCAAGAUUUCAGAAGUGGUUUGCCAUUGCCUCUGUCCUAGGGCUGAGAGAGAAGGACUGGUCCAAGGUCACCCAGCUGGCUUCGUGCCUAGCCUGAUGCCUUAACCACUAAAGUAAACUUAGCUCUUGCAACACCUCUAGUCCAUUUUAAAACAAAAUAAAUCCAUAGGGCUGUGCAAAGCAUUUGAAAGAAGUGAUGUUGGUGUGAGAGAAGGACCCCUCCUUGUAGCAUUAAAGCAACUGUGUCCUUUGGAAAGCUUAUGCAGUUCCUUUUCCUAGCUAUCUGUGUUGUGUGUGCAGCUGCUUUGCUUUGCUGAUGGUCCUAGAGGAAGAAUUAACUCUACAGUGGAAGCAUUGACCUUGCAUGAUGGUUCAGCUCUUCUGGAGUCCUUGGUGCUCUCUGAGCUUGGUUGUUUGCUUGCAGAUGUUUCAUUACCCAUGUUUCCUAGUCAAGUAAUGAAAUGUCUGCAAGCAAACAACCAAACUCAGAGAGCACCAAGGACUCCACAGUUCAACUCUGAGCUACAGAUAUUCUCUUCUAUUGGUUCAGUUAUUCCGAAGGAUGUGCCUGCUUUAAUGCUUUUGAGGGAAGAUGCUUUGCUCAUGCCAAUGCACUUUAAAAAGCACCUCUUUUAAAUGCUUUGCACCUGAAAUCAUUGCUUUUAUAUCACAGUGAUAACAAAUUGAAUAAAUGAUAUAAAAAGAUUUGGGUCUCUUUAUCCAGUCAUAUGUUCAUUAUGCCUUAUAGAAACAUAGAAAUAAACUAAACAAAUUAGAAACAAUGUCAUAUAUUCGCUAAAAUGACAAAUAUCUGCUUAUCUACUCAGAAGUAAGUCCCAUAAAGUUCAGUGGACUUGCUGAGAUGUGUGCAGUCUAUAUGAUGAGCAAAGUUAUCUAGUAAUAAAAUAUUAAACUAACAAAAUAUUAGAAGAAGUUCUAACUAAUGUUUCUUUUAGUUUUAACACAAGGCUGGCUUUGUUGAUAAAAUAUAUAUUGUUCAGUGGAUAAAAUAAUGUAGUAUGUGUAGCUGUGAAAUGCUAUGGAGAUACUGUAAUAAUCUUCCUGUUUCAGUAAAAAUCCUAAUAAAGCUGCUUAUUUCUA